ACACUUGUGUAAACGGUAUUAAAUGUCCCCUCCUCCUGUUAUUUCCAUUUUCCACUAUUUAUACGAACCAAGAUUUAAUAACACUUCAUAGUUUUCUUAACAAGAGAAGCUGAUACUUUUUGCGUGUAAAAAUGUAUAAACUAUUUUCUGUGACAGUUUUAGCUUUUAUGCUUAUUAUAAAUAUUGAAAAUGCUUCUGCUCAAGGACAAGGAGAAGGUGGUGCUGGAGGUGGUGCUGGUGGUAAUGCGGGCUUCAGUUUUGGUGCAGGGUUUGGCGGAAAUGCAGGUGGAGGUGGUGAAGGUGGAGAAGGUGGCGCGGGAGCUGGCGGUGAAGCUGGUUUUAACUUUGGUGCUUCAGCAGGUGCAGGAGCAGGAGGCGGAGGACAAGGUGGGGCGGGCAAAUAAAUUUAAUGUGACUGUUUCAUUGGCUGAAUGACUUUUAAUAAAUAAGUUCAAUGACACCUUAUGCCUGGAUUUCAAUCAAUAAUUCUACACAGUAUCUUACUUAGUGAAAUUUAUUCAUUUUCUUGCUCAAACAAAAUAAACUGUUUAGCUUUUC